GAGUGCCUGCCAUCUCACCCUCUCCCUCUUCUUCUCCCGCCGCCGCCGCCGCUGCCGCCGUCACCGAGUGCAGCCGUCUCCACCUCCGCCACCGCCAUCGCCGUCGCCGAGCGCCACCGCUGCCGCUCCUUGCUAUCCCUUUCUCACCCCGCCUGCCUCCGGUCCCCCUGCUUACCCCGCCUACCUCCCCCAUGAUGCGGCGGCGGCGGCGGUGGCGACGACGACGACGGUCGAUGGGGUCAUUUCCUCCCCACAGAGGUGGGGGUCCACGCUGGCUGCGGCAAAUUUAGUUUGUUCGCGCUGUUCAGAAACGGUGGUCGCGUUUCAUGUGUACGGGCUGCGUUUAUUGGUGCAUGUGAAGGCACGUGUCUUUGAGUGUGUCCGUGGCAGCUUGGGCGGUUCAUCCGUGGUAAAGAAGGAAGGGGACGACGUGGCAUUUUCUGGAUGCACUCGCAUUUCCUCUUCGUCGUUGGCCGCGCCAUUCCGUGCGAUUUUUGCUCCGAUAUCAGCGGCUCCAUUGUUUUGCCCCCCUGAUUUGGUGCUUAUUGUCGCGGUCAGGUCCGUGCGAUACGUUCGUUACUGUUGUGCUGCUGUUCCCUUUACCAUCAGCUCCUGUUCAGGUUGCGGACCACAUCUUCUGUGCCCGUACAUGUCGGCUAAGAUGGCUUUCGAUUUGCUGUGUGACAUAUCCCCAGCAAGCAGAGGCUGGAAGAUCCGUGCAAAGAUAGCAAGAAUGUGGGACUACACUGGUACAGCUGACGAUCUGCCUCCUAUACAUGUUGAUCUGGUGCUUAUUGAUGAGAAGGGAAAUGCAAUGUAUGCUGAAAUUCCAGGCGUUGAGGCUGAUAAGUUCAGACCACUUCUUCAGGAAUCGAAAGUCUACACUUUUAGCAAGUUCCUUAUUUUGCCUAGCAAACCUGCAUACAAGCCCUUCCCUAACAAGUAUAUGAUCAAGCUUACUCCAUGGACAAACGUGGAACAGGUCAAUGAAGUUCCUGCUGAUUUCCCAUCCCAUGUGUUUAAUUUGGUUCAAUUCUCAUAUCUAAGCCUGCGCGUUGGGAUGCAAGAGUACUUCACUGAUGUGAUCGGUAUGAUCAUUGGGGUAUCAAAGCUAGCCUAUGUCCGAAUGGCGUCUAAAACGUCAGACACACCUAAGAGGGUCAUUGCUCUAAGGGAUCUUGCGAACUGUGAGGUUAAACUUGUCCUAUGGGGAGAGCAUGCUCCCGACUUUGAUGCUGAUGCUGUUCAUAGUGUUGGCCAAGAUAAUGCUGUCGUUGGUAUCUUUGUUGAUACUCUUAUGAAAGCAUAUAAUAAUGAAGAAACUCUUAGUGGAGGAUCAGCCUGCAAAUGGUAUUUAAAUGAGGACAUACCAGAGAUAAACCAGUUCUUUGAUAGCCUGGGUGAUAGUGCUCCAAAGAUCCAGUGGAUAUCAACCGGAGCAGAGUCCUUUGGUUCGUCACAACGCCCAGCACGGUUGGAGCAUAAAUCUGUUGCUGACCUUAAAAAGAUUGAUCCAUGGGAAGCUGCGGGUGCUGGCUUCUCAUGUACUGUGACCAUAGCUAAGUUGAGCCCAUCUCAGUCAUGGUGGUUUUCAUCCUGUUCCCGUUGUCAUAGAGCCGCAACUGCAUAUGGAUCUAGCUAUAAAUGCUCCAGCGGUUGCUCAUCAGUUACUGCCAUUCCAAAGUACCGUCUUUGCCUGAUAGGAACCGAUGGAACUAAUUCAGCAGAGUUUGUGCUAUUUGGACGUGUUGCGCAGCAAGUUGUUGGCCGUCCUGUUAUGAAUCUUAUCAAAUUUCAGGGCAGAUCAGACAAUAUUCCUAAAGAAAUUGCUGCUGUUGUUUCACAGAAAUUUACCUUUGCUGUCUCUGUCACUGAGCGGAGCCUUAUGCACAGGAAUAUAUCUUUUCAAGUUAAUGGAAUCGAGACUUUCUUUGGAAGACAGGGUUCUAUUCCGCAGCCUAGGGAAUAGGGUCCAUCUGCAGGCCCUUCUACUCCUUUGGCUCUUGCUGCUUCUGGUAUGGAUAAGGAUGACGCCUCUCAAUCUCAUGAGUCAACCCCGGUCGAUUCAUCUACUUCGACUGCUGAUCCAGUCGAUGAACUUCCUGGUGACAGCAAGAAGCGGAAAUCCAUUGUCCGUCAUCCUCUAGCAGCACAGAAAAAAUUGACCUUUGAAACAGCUCCAUCCAGCAAAGAAAACACCAGCCCGGUUGACCCUCCUACUAGUUCUUCUCGCACUGAUGACCAAGCUGCUGAUAAGCAACAUGUUGUGCCUCAUGAGGUUGAUGUUUCUUAGAUUGCAGCUGCCUCUGCUAAACCAAAUACUCAGGUCAAAGAUAUCCUACCAACUGAAGCCAAAAAGAAAAGUGUUGAUCCAGGCUCUACAGGCACACGCAAGACUAAGCCUCCUGUACCGAAAGGGAACUAAAUUGCUCACCUUAGCUUUUGUGCUGAUGGGAACAAUACCCUACAUCAGCGAUCCCACCCUAUGUCUACAUAUUUCCUUAAUCUUACUGUUGGCGAUGCAGCUUGACAUGGCACAUCGUAUCAGACAAUCUUUUGUUUACAUGAUUGCUGGCACCACUGUGUCCAUGCAUGUGCAUGUUUGGUCCUCUACCUGCUGCUCUUUCGCCCUUUAGUGUCAGUGUGCUUUCCAUACCGUAGCAGAGACUUCCUAUGAAACGCUGCCAUACGACUGCACAUCACCCCAUCUUUUGCUUGUAUGUUAUUUAUUGUAACCAUGACUGUCAAUGUCCAUAUGGUGCUCUGUCAGUCCUAUGAACUCGUUCAGCAAACCCCCUUCUGUUAUGGAUCAUAUUAAUGCACUAGCGUUCUAUCUGCUGUUGUUCUGUUCAUAUUACAUGCCUUGCA